AUGUAUCACCUCGCUCGAUCCCUUUACUUGUACGCGACUAGCAAGCCAGAAUACUCGAUCAUCCUCCUCGGUCUCGACAACGCGGGCAAGACGACAUUAUUGACCCAGAUCAAAGCCCUCUUCAACACGACAGCCGAUCCUGCAGCAGGUCCGACAGGCGAUGCGGCACCUUCAGAAACCGCGGGUAACACUGUCCCCACUGUUGGACAGAAUGUGGCGACUAUCGAUCUUCCAGACAUGUACUUGAAGAUAUGGGACGUAGGUGGGCAAAUGAGUUUGAGAAGACUAUGGACAAGUUACUACAAAAGUGCACACGCGGUAGUUUUUGUGGUAGACAGCACGGAUCUAGGGAAUGGAGAGAUCGACGAAGCUCCGACAACACCAGGCUGGCACGGGCGGAAGAAAAGUUAUAUUGGCAAAGUCGAUGACGAGGAGCCUCAGACGCCCUGGACGCCCAUGACACCAAUGACACCAGGUAUGCUGGCAUCUGGUUUAUACCAGGGCAGGCUAGACGAGUGUAAGGCCGUUCUCGAGAGUGUGCUGGAGAACGAAGAGACUGCGGGGAUUCCAAUACUGGUUCUAGCGAACAAACAGGACCGUGAAGAUUCACUUGAGGUGGUGAGGAUUAAAGAAGGGUUUGUGAGGAAAGUCUUUGAAGGCGAAAAGGGAGGCAUGAUUCGAGACAGUCGUGUGCUCCCAGUGAGUGCACUUCGAGGGUCAGGUGUGAAAGAAGCGGUCGAAUGGGUAAAGAGUCGAGUGGUAUGGAAUAAAGAGGGCCGUCCUCCAGUCAUGAGAUGA